UCUUCCCCAGAAACAGCCCCUUAAAGCACGGUUCUCGUCAUCGUUGAGCUGGUUCAUCUCUCUGAUCUUGCAAAACCACCAUGAAUGAAGAUCGAAAUGAUGGUGGUUUGAACAAGAUGGCGGCGAAUCCAUUGGAGAUCAUAAGCGAGGAUGAGGAGGAAGAGGACUGUGAGAGCAAGACUAGGAACAGCACCAGCUCGAGCAACAGCGUUGUUGAGGAGUUCAGUGAGAACAACAACAACAAUAACAACAACAAGAGCGCGAUCAGCUCUGGUACUAGCACUGGCUUGAGGCCAUAUGUGAGAUCUCAAGUGCCGAGGUUGCGUUGGACUCCUGAGCUUCACCUUCGCUUCAUUCAAGCAGUGGAGCGACUCGGGGGUCAAGAAAGAGCUACACCGAAAUUGGUCUUGCAGCUGAUGAACAUCAAGGGACUUAGUAUUGCUCAUGUCAAGAGCCAUUUGCAGAUGUUCCGGAGCAAGACGAUUAAUGAUCGAGGAGAAGUUAUAAACACAAGACAAGACUUCAUGGGGAGUGCAGAUCAGCUUCCUCAUGCCUUCUGGCAACACUCCAUUCUCCAAAAUCUUGACCGUAGGAUCUCCAACAUCAGGGAUUUUUGCUGGAGUAGUGACCGGAACUGGAUGAGCGGACCCUAUUUGACUGAUGUAGCCAUGGUGAAUGCGCGAAAUGGGAUCCGACUCACAGGUUUCAUGGGUGACAACAUGAAGAACACGUCUCAUCACUCUCAUCCAAACACAAAAGACAACAUUUACUUUGAGCUAGGAAGAAGGAAACAAGCUCAAGACCCGGUGCUAGAGUCCACCAAUUUCACGUUGUUGUCCAGUCUCACACAUGCCCAUACACAGCUGAAGUCAACCCUAAUUCAACCCUCAAAAGACCAGUUAAUGCACGGAAUGGGAAAGGCUCCUCAGGAUGAGAUCUGGAGGAUUGAUAUUGAUGGGGACCACAGGGACCGAAGCACGGUGAAAAGAAAGGCUGAUCAUGGCAACGACUGUGGCGAUCUUGAUCUGAAUCUGUCUCUGAGCAAUAAGAUGCCGAAGCUUGCGGAGGUAAGGAGGAAUGAUUCAUGGGAACAAAAUGAGGGUGAAGUGGUGGAUGGCAGUCUGUGUCUUUCUUUAUCAUGCCCCUCAUCAUCAUCAUCGUUGGACUUGUCACUAGAUCUCAACAUGCCCUUUGAUAAGCUCAAGAGCUUGAAAGAAAGUGAUGAUAGUGCUAAUGUUACUUAUCCGAAGUAUCUCGAUUGGGUGAGUACCCUGGAUCUGAUCAUGAAUUAGGUUUAUGUAUUCUGGUGAGAUCCUGUUGGUACUUGCUCAAAAAGAUGAUACGCUGA